UCGUGUAACGUGCGAGCGCUGCGUUUAAAUUUCUAAGUGUCUUGUUUUCAGUUUUUGCGUGUUUCGUUUGUUUGUUUGCAUUUAGUUAUUGUGUGUUUACAAGUGUUUGAAAUACAUGCAGACAUAUUCGUGGCGAGCGGACGUGCUUUUGUUGUAUUUUUUUUUACCCGCCGUUUUUCAUCGUAUAGUGCGCGCGUAGUAAAUUGUCUUUACUAUUGUUUUUUAUAAUUACCGGAGAAGCGGAGCGGUUGACUGCUUUUUGCAAUCUAGCAGUCAAGGAGAGCGUACGAGAGAGAGAGAGAGGUUCUGGCGGCUAUUUUAUUAACGAUCUGUUGAAUGGAGACUGCGUGGGAAUUCUUCUUGGGCUAAUCGCGCAGCCCCCACAAAAAAGGAAGAGAUAUUUAGACAUUUCCCCUAACGGACAUUCAGGCCAGGCAUUAUCAAUGGUGGGCGGAUAUACGAAAGCCAACUCCAACUCUUCCACUCUUCCAACUCUUCCACUCCAAGCCCCCUCCAAGCUCUCCCCCUCAUUACCACCACCACCAACCCCCUGUCAGCAGCCAUUGGAGAGCUAUUACGAAACAUGUCUGAGGCGAUUAUCGAGGAGGGAAAUUGCAAACCAAAUGGCAAUGUAAUCAACGAAGCCGUUGUUGAGGUCGCACCAGAACCACAACCACAGACAGAGCAAGAGAAAGUUGCAAACGGUACCAAUCAGCGAGAAUCAGAGAUAGAUAGCGAUACGAUCGACUAUAUCGAUGCAACCCUGAAAAUAGUGGAGGCCUUCGAGAGUGACGCGUCCUAUGCCACACUGGAAAAGAGCAACGUCAACGUCAAGGACGGCAAGGCAAAAAAGAAAUCGGUUAGCUUCAAUCCGAACGACGAGAAGAUACGAAAAUUCACCACUGGAGAGCCCAUCGUUGACCAAAAGAAUCCCUUCCGGAAUGGCCAUAUAGCGGGUGGAGGAGGAGGAGGAGGCAGGGAGAAGAAGACCCCACCGCCAGUGCCCACAAAGCGAUCAACAUUGAGCGUACGGAAGACGGUAACCCAACAGCUGCGCGAACGGGAACGAGAACGCGAAAAGGAACGAGAACGAGAGCGUGAGCGAGAGCGAGAGCAGCUCAAGAACGAGACGAAUGCACGAAAGAAGAACGGAAGCAUCAAAGGGAAUCCCGCAGGUGCUGAGGAAUAUAUAACCACCGAGGAAGUACUUAAGCAAUCGAAAUAUGUAAAGACGUACAUUAAGAACCCGGACGCCUACUUUGUCUACGAUCCGACGGUGCUGGCCCGCCUCAAGUGCGAGGAGGAGCAGCAGAGAGAGAGGGAGAGGGAGAGGGAGAAAGAAAAGGAGAUCCCCAAGCGUAAGCAGACGGGCCUGAAUCGCUCCAAGGAGCCGAAGGCGGUCAAACAGCCAAAGUUGAAUCCGAAAACAUUCAAAAAGUGCUCGAAGCCCAAUUACCCGGAAUUGGCCAACAUCAAGAUACGGACGGGUACUGCCGACUCCGAGGGCGACUUCUUCAAUCCCGCGGAGGUCACGAAGAACGCCAAGAAGUUCGACGAGCGCGUGAAGAAGCUGCAGAUUAGCUCCGACGACGAUCUGGAUGAGAUCGAUGGGCCCCUGACCAAGAGCGAGUCCAGCGACGAUCUCUCCCACCCGAAUACGAACAGCAAUCAGGAGAAGCCUGCCCCUGAGGACAUGACCAGCAGCCAGCCGCCUACGAUCACGAAGGAUCACGAGCCACCCUCGACCUUCACGAACACGAUCAGCUCUGAGGAGUUCCAGGCCUAUCUGGAGCGCAAGGGUCUAGCGCUGAUGCCCAAGCGAGAGCUGGCCACGCCCUCGCCCUCGUCGACGCCCAUGGCCUCGGCCUCGGCCUCGCCCUCGCCAUCGACGCUGCCGAGGACACCGGAGGAGCGACGCAAGCAGGUGGCCGAGUCCCUGGCCGCCCUGCGCCAAAGCAACACCAAAAAGCUAUCCGUUCUGCAGCGUCUCUCCAACAGUUUGUUUGCGCCCAAGCGCAAGACAACGCCCAAGCCGGUCAUGCCCAUGCCGAGGUCCGUCUACGGGCAGGAGGCGAACCGGAAGGCCAGUGCCGGAGAUGUGCCCACGGAGAUGCGGCGCAUUCUGUUGGAGCGGCAAAGCCACCAGAAUCAGAACCAGAACCCGAAUCAGAACCAGAACGGUCGUCUUCAGAAUGGACAGGCCACCGCCCUGCGACGCUCCACCGAGUACACAAAUGGCCAUGCGGUCCAGAACGGGGGUGCCAGUGCUCCCUUCCAGCGCACUAUUGAGCGGCAGAGCCUGAUACCCAGACGCGUCUCUCCGGAGAGCCACAAUCCCAGCCGUUUCAAUCGCUCUGCGUCGAUGGACAGGAACCAGAUCCGAGCCCAGAGCCAGAGACAGCCCAGCCGACUGGAGGCAGUGGGCCAGCGUCGAUCGCUGGCCUCCGCCUAUGUGUCGUCACCUACCGAAGAGCAUCUCAAGCCAGUGGCCACCUCUACGCCCCAGCGAAAGACCCAAGAGAGCAGCAAUCAGCAGCAGCCGCAGCAGGCCAGCGGCAAUCAGAACGACUGGGAGAAGCUGAAGGCCAUCAAGGAGGUGACUGAUCGUCAGCUCUACCACAAGGUGCUACAGCAGCAGCAGCAGCAGGGACAGCCGCAGGGACAGCAGCAGGGACAGCGGCAGGGACAGCGGCAGAGCCAAGAGAACAUCUACGAGCACCUGCAACCGAAUCAGCUGCAUCCCGUCCAGCAGCAGUUUGUGAGGGGCUCGUUGCAGCGGAACACCUUCUCGGGGAUCAGCGGCCGCAAUCGGCAGGUGAUGAUCCUCGAUGGAACACCAAUAAUCCCUGUACAGCAGAUACAGCAACAGCAACAACAGCCGCAACAGCAGGCGCCACCGGCACGCUGCCAGAGUGUUCUGGACAAUAUGAUCCUUCAGCCGAGUCCCGGCCAGAUCCACGCACGACGUGGGUACGAGAGCGAAAGCGAGGCGGCACCCAGCGAUGGUGCGGCGGUGGUGAUGCGUCGCUCGAGCAGUGCCUCGAGCCGCAGGAUCGGGGGACUGCUCACCCGCGAGGAAAUACUCGAAAAGGUCAAGGAGUUUUGCCGCAAAUCCAUCAGCCGCACCCCGCUGCCCGCGGCCAAGAUGCAGCCCAUCUACGAGACCCGGAGCCAGAGAAGCCCCGCUUCUGGCGCCGCUGCGGACACCUCUCCCGUGUCGUACGCCUCUGUGGAGACCAGCCACAAGCGUCCCGCCUCACAGCUAAGUGCCGCCGCCCGGCCGCAGGUGCCACUCCGAGUGCAGAGCCUGCCCCAGUCGCGUGCCUUUGUGCCCGUUGCAGCCGGCGCCGGGGGGGCCACCGCCUCGCCCAUUUACGCGCACGUGAACAAACGCAGCAGCCUGCUGUCCAACGACUCGGAGCAGUAUCUCUCCAGCCAGCAGCUGCAGCAGCUGCCGCAGCUGAUGAGGCUUACCCCCACCGAGUACGUGCUGGUGGAGACGGGCGAGGGCCUGCAGGCCGCCAAGCUGGUGGACUACCACCACAACAGCCUCUACAUGCAGCCGCAGUUCGUGGCGCGUCCCGCUGCCGGCCACGGCCAGGGCCAGGGCCAGGGCUCUUAUGUGCUGCAGGAUGGUCGUGCCACGCCGUUGAUACUGGAUCGUGCCCCCAACGGACACCAGAGCCAGAUCUAUUGGACGCCACAGCACCACCAGCAGCUGCAGCUGCAGCUCCAACAACAGCAGCAACAGCAGCAACAGCAGCAACAGCAGCAACAGCAGCAGCAGCAUAUGAUCCAACAGCACCUCCAGCAACAGCGGCUCCUGACGAUGCCCCUGAGUCCGCGCGGAUAUCCGGUGCCAGCGCCACGCGUGAGAGUGCCCAUGGGUUCAAAGGGCAUUGUGCCCGCUCCGAGGAGUCUCACACUGCACCGGGUACAGACCAGGUCCAGUCCACAGGGGCGAAACGCCUCAUCCGACUGGGAGCUGAGCUCGGAGGCGGGCGAAGUGCGGCGCAUCAUGGAAAAGAACUUAUAAGGCAAAAAGAACAGCAUGGACGAGGACAGCAGCAGCAGCAGCGGGAGCGACAAACCCAAUACCC